AGCAUAGAGCAUUUAUGGAGUUUUUCCGCUUUCCCCUGAAGUUCUUGACAGAUUCGCCUCCAGAUUGCGAGAAUUCAAGAUGGCCGUUACAGGUUCUAGGUAAAGGACAAACUCCUCUGGACCCCACUGUGCAUGAAGCUCUCCUGAGGCUUUGGUGUCCAAGUACUGUGUCUUCCCUUCCCCCCUGCCCUCCCCCAAUUCCCUCCUGCCUCUCACCAUGUCCUCCACCUCCUCCUCCUACUCCUCCUCAGGGGAGACCAGUCCAGAGGAUCCACCCCGAGGUGGAGGAACCAUCCGAGUCUACCUCCCCAACAAACAGAGGACAGUGGUGAAUGUCCGCCAAGGACAGACUGUGCAUGAGAUUCUGGAUAAAGCGCUCAAAGUGAGAGGCCUGAGCCAAGAGUGCUGUGCUGUAUUUCGCCUUCUAGGAGGUCGAAAGAGACUGACAGACUGGGACACAGACAUAACUCCUCUAGUUGGAGAGGAGCUUUUAGUUGAGGUCCUGGAUGAUAUUCCCCUGACCAUGCACAACUUUGUACGCAAAACUUUCUUCAAGCUGGCUUACUGUGAUUUUUGCCACAAGUUCCUUUUCAAUGGCUUCAGAUGUCAGACAUGUGGCUACAAGUUUCACCAACACUGCAGUAGCAAGGUCCCCACCGUGUGUGUGGACAUGGAUACUAUAAGAGAGCGUUCUGAUCCCAGUCCUUGCCCAGAUGGAUACCCACAGAUAAUAUUGCCAGAAAAUUCCCCCACGCAGAGCAACCCAGCCUUAACCCCAGAGCCUUCUGGAAUGGGCCACCUGUCCCCGUCCCCGUCCUCAACCUUUCACUUCCCCAUGUCAGGCGGAGAUGGUCAGUCUCUACAGAGGCAUCGCUCCACAUCUACUCCCAAUGUUCAUAUGGUCAGCACAUUGGACCCUGCUUCUGCCAUGAUUAUAGAGGAAGCACUGAAGUUCAACAACACAAUAGGUCCUGAACCCUCACCUAAGCCCUCCACCAGCCCGCCCUCUUCUUUUAGCUCUCCAGGGAAGAAACCACCAAAGUCCCCUUCGGAACCCAGGGAGCGCAAGCCCUCGUCCUCUGAUGACAAAAAGAAAGUGCACCGAGGAGGCAACAGAGAUUCAAGUUACUACUGGGAGGUUCACUCUCGAGAAGUCAACAUCCAGAAGAGAAUAGGUUCUGGCUCCUUUGGAACUGUCUUCAAGGGAAAGUGGCAUGGAGAUGUGGCAAUCAAGAUCCUCAAAGUCAAAGAGCCAACGCCUGAGCAGUUACAAGCCUUUAAAAAUGAAAUGCAGGUGUUGCGGAAGACCCGCCACGUCAACAUCCUGCUGUUCAUGGGCUUCAUGACUAAGCCCAACUUUGCCAUCAUCACACAAUGGUGUGAAGGCAGCAGCCUGUACCGCCAUCUGCAUGUCUUAGAGAGCAAGUUUGACACUGUGCGUCGCAUUGAUGUGGCCAGACAGACAGCACAGGGCAUGGAUUAUCUUCAUGCAAAGAACAUAAUUCAUCGAGAUCUAAAAUCAAACAAUAUUUUUCUCCAUGAGGGCUGGACUGUUAAAAUCGGUGACUUUGGCUUGGCUACAGUAAAGGCUCGAUGGACUGGCUCUCAGCAGGUAGAACAACCCAGCGGAUCCAUUCUCUGGAUGGCUCCUGAGGUGAUCCGCAUGCAGGACACAAACCCAUACACGUUCCAGUCAGACGUAUAUGGCUACGGAGUAGUUCUGUUUGAGCUGAUGUCAGGAACCCUGCCUUACUCCAAUAUCAACAACAGAGACCAGAUAAUCUUCAUGGUUGGACGCGGUUACCUGUCUCCAGACCUCAGUAAGCUGUAUAGUACCUCACCCAAAGCAAUGAAGAGGCUGAUCGUCGACUGCCUGAAGUUUAAACGUGAUGAAAGGCCCCUUUUUCCACAGAUUCUGGUGUCCAUUGAGCAGGUGCAAGAUUUGCUGCCGAAAAUCGAGCGGAGUCGCUCCGAGCCGUCGCUCCAUCGAGCUGUCCAUGCUGAGGACCUGAACCCCCUCCUGUUCCACACCACCAGGCUCAUGCCCCUCUAAGCUCUCCACAGCACCCAGCAGAGAGGCCGCCAUCCUGUCAAGGACCACAGCAUUCCAGUGCCUCAAAGAGGCCACAGCUGGCUGCUCUCCACCAUUGUGGAGCUGCAGCUCUCAGCAGCAAAACUCAGUAACAGACUGUAGAAGUAACCUUAGUCUGACAGUGAUUUUUUUUUUUUUUUUUUUUUCUCCUUUCCUUCAACAAAUGACACGCACAUGCCCAUCAAGUGAAAGAAAGACCUUCUGUUUGUAGACGUAUGUGUAAAAUGUCUGAUCUUGCCAGCUGAGAAAGUCAAUCGACAUCUCGACUUGUAUUUGGCUCUUAGACCUGCUUUGGGGCUUCAGUUGUUCUAAAGAAACUCACAUGGUUGCACAUACAGUGCAAAAGAGUCUAAUUCAGAUUUUUGAGGAGGGCUGUCAUCAUAGCCAAAAGCUUAAAUCAGCCAUAGAGCUGGAGCUGCUGGUUUCAAGUCACAUGAUCCGCUUACAUACUCCUUGCUCAGCAGGCAUGUGCCCCUUUCACUGUAACACAGCAUAAAUGGAAUGGAGACCUGAGAUGUAAUGCCAUUGAUUUGAAAGCGACUCUUUUUGAAUACAUGCCUGUCUUGAUAUGUUUUGUAAAAGGUUAGACGUUUGCUCCCAGUGUGGACUUAAAACAUUUAGUAGUCUUGCAAAUAUCUAUACAACAAGACCUGGCGACUUAGAACACUGAACUAUGCAAAUAAGUUUAGGGGGAAAAAAAUGUAUACCAGUUGCUCAUUUAGCCUGUAAUAGUCUUUUGCUGUACAUGAAGCAAAGCAGUGAAAGGCCUGGAGGUAAAUAUUUUCUUUCACUAACAUAAAACAUAAAUGUAUCUUGUCAGGUAGAUAUUCUUCAAAUAGGAACUUUGAAAUUCACUAAAUUCAUCUGAAGAUCAAGUUUCCAUUGAUGCUGUUUGUGGUGGGGGGAUGGAAAGUCAGUGAGAAGAGCCUGGCAGAACUGGCGGCAAGUCCAAAUUUAAACAUUACAAAUUACAGUUUGAGGGUUUAAAAGUUAUCCCAUUCCUUAAAUCCUGUGUUUAGUCUUAAGAAUGUGCUGUUUUAAACAAACUCUUAGUAAAAGCAGUUGCCCACCCCUCCACCUUUUUCAAGUCCUGAAACAUCACCUAACUUGUGUCACUUACCAGGCAACACUGUGAUACUUUUAAUGUUCCAAGUCCACUGAACACGGGGACUAAAUGGUUAGGAAUCAGUACUUCAGUGGAUGUUGUUCAUUUCUAAACCAAAAUGUUUUCCAAAGUGAAACGUCAGUCAGGUCAUCAGAGGACAUUGUUAGAAAUGUACAGAUGUAGUUUCAAGGGCUCAGCAGAUGGCUCAUUUCAAUUCCAGCUGUAAACAGAGGUUUCCAUGCUGAGGCACGCACCUUACAGCUCGCUCACUGCAGGAACAGCAGAGUGCCAUCAGCCUCUGCACCACAGGUCUGCCCAUCCACAGGUCUCUGCACGAUGGGCUUAAGUGGUUUGUUGUAUUGCUGCUACAUAUUGUGAGUGUUUUGUACACCUUAAAGAUUGAACUGCUUGUACACAGCUUCAGCAGUGUUGGCUAGUUUUUCCACACUCCAGAGGUCCAUUCUCCAAUGCUGCAGUCCCUCGUUCAUAGUUCACUCACACAUGUCCGUAUGUUCUUAAAAUAUUUCUAUAGCUGCUGGGCAUGCCUUAAGACUGUGAGAACCUUGGUUGAUUAGUUGCUCUAAUUUAGGCUUCAAGAGGUUUUCACAAAAGUGAGACCACAUCUAAAGGCAAAUGUGCAAACUCUGCUGUGAUGGCCACAAGUCUACUCUGGAGAAAUAUCUGAAUUAUUAAAAAGUAAUGAUGUUACACUUGUUCUUUGCAGGUUCAAAUAAUGAUUGAUUCUUAGGGGCAAAGCAGGGAGCGUUCAGAGAACAGAACAAAUGUCAGGGUUGUUUUGUUCGCUCAUCCAUCCGUUUGUAUGUUACUCACCGUGAGAUUGCUUUCAGCUUGUAUCCAGUUGAUUUUUCUUUGGUGGCAUGCUCACAAUUAAAGGCCUGCAUUUUUAUUUUCCUGAGAUUUAAUUAGUUGAGGAUUUGCUCGCCUCAGACACUGAGGUGGCUCAGGAGUCCUGCUUCAUGUCUUUCAAAGAAAUACGGAUGUGCAGAGGGUUCAGCUGGGCUGGUUUAAAAACUAGUAGCCUUAGCUAUUGAUUAGUGAUAGUGUGUGGACGUGUUUGUUGUUUGUGUGGCUUGUUUUGGGGAUUUGUGUGGAUACUUUUUUUUUUUUUUAAUUCUAUUUUUUUAUUUUUUGGGCCCUCUUUCAGCCUCUCAUUGUAAUACUGGUGGGAAAUAUUGUCUUAAAGGCUUUACUUAAAGCUUAUCAACCACAACAAUUUCAUUGCCAUCAACAAAAAGCAGGACACUGAAGAUCAGCCACUGCUCUUCUUCAGUGUAAUCCUUUGUAAAUUUGUAGUACUGACAGAAAGAACUGAAAGAAAUGGAAGCGAUAGUCAUCAUAUCUACAGAACCUUUAGUUUCUCCUUCAGCUGGACUGUUAGCAUCUUCGGGCUAGUGCUUGCAGGUUGACCUGACAAUGCAGUCACUCCAUUUUACUAUGGAUCAAAUCUGCUUUAAGGGCACAGACGCAAUUCUCUCAUUGGUGACUUUGAUCACCUGGUAUUGUCUGUCUGGUUUGUAUUCAGAAGUGGAAAUUUGAUCUGUCUGGUCUGUCCUAACAGUGGCGUAUUCUUAGGCAUCGACUCUCUUGCCGCUCGUGUCACGCUCAAGUGUGAAAGCAGUAGGUGUGAGGUGAUGUUUCAGGCUUGAAAUGAUAAUGAACUGAUAAUUUGACAUUCUCAUGUUAAUCUAGGGGCUGGGUACCCUGACUGAUGCUCAUUCCAGUUAUGUGGUGGCUGUGGUGUUUUGUGGUGGGCUUUUUUGUUUUGUUUUCUUAUUUAUUGAUAUCUUUGCAGAUGUUAAUCUGCAAGUACAGCACUCUGAGGUGGAUCAGAUGUUUACUGGGAAUGUUUCUCUUUGAAAUGUUCGUCAGCGCCAGGCGUUCUCUUGCUUUCUUUUUCUCUCAAACAUUCUCAACUCGAAUGUAUUUUUCGGCGCGGUACUGUUGGCUCCUCGGUUCACUCGGACUCUACUGUCAAAUGCAGGGGCAUUUCUAGCAACUUUGCUUUCACACAUCCUGUGUGCGACUUGGGUAUCAACAUAUAUUUUUUUUUUUUUUUCUUUCUUCUAAGCAACAUGUUGUCCAUAGGGUUUCACUACAAUAGCAACACUUAGGAACUGUAACUAACGGCGUGGAGGGCGGUGUUUAAAACUUGAUCCUGUCCAGUGAUAUUUAAGUGUAACUUGGGUAUUUGAAUGGCCUGAAGCUGCUGAAUGAAAUCUUUGUUUUUCUUCUUUUUUUUUUCUUUCUAAAUGAGCUGCUUUUUAUAAACUUUCAGAAAAAGCAAGAACUUUUUUUCUUUUUUUUCUUUUUUUUUUUUUUUUGUAAGGUCAGGAGUGCUUUAGUAUAAUGUCAGCAGACCAGGUUUCUGUGCAUCUGUAAAAAGUAAACUUGUAGAGUGGGUUUGGAGAGCUUAUUGAAUCAUUUUGGCUCAGUUUUACAUUGAGGUGGUGCCUCCCAAAUGUCUUCAUCUGGAGGAUGAGGGAACAGGUGCCACAUCUCUGUUCAAGUGGACCUGAACAGCUUCAUGAAACAUGAGAUUCUCAUCUGGAGACUCACAGGGGCACCAUAGUGUGGGGGAGAGGGGCACUACGACUGUUUCACAGAGGAUGAGAGCUGUGUCAGAGUAGUUUCUUUUGUUUUGUCUUUUCAUAUCUGUAGGUGAGUUGGAGUACUUGUCUAUAGUUUCUGAGGUGUCAGGGGUGUUAAUUUGCAAUAAAUGGUAUUUUCUGCUGUGUACA